AUGGAAAGAUCCAAUGAUAGUUCAGAGUAUGGCUUUAUCUUGGUGGGCUUCUCUGAUUGCCCCAAGCUGGAGAUGAUCCUCUUCAUAGUAAAUUUUACUCUGUAUUCAGUGACUGUGUUAGGAAAUUCAACCAUCAUCCUUGUGUGUAUAUUAGACCUCCGACUUCAUACCCCAAUGUACUUUUUUCUGGCGAAUCUUUCCUUUCUAGAUCUCUGCUUCAGUACUAGUUGCAUUCCACAGAUGCUGGUAAACCUCUGGGGCCCUGAUAAGACUAUAAGUUAUGCAGGCUGUGUUGUCCAACUUUUCUCUUCCCUGUCUGUUGGGGGAAUCAAGUGCAUUCUUUUGGCUAUCACGGCCUAUGACCGCUAUGCUGCAGUCUAACCCCUGCACUAUAUGGUCAUUAUGCACCCCCAGCUGUGUUUAAGACUGAUGGCUGUGGCCUGGGGGAGUGGCCUGGUCAAUGCCAUUGUCAUGUCCCCAUUCACAAUGACUCUCUCCAGAUGCGGCGGGUGCUGUGAAAUGCCAGCACUGAUCAAGAUGGCUUGUGUGGAUGCUCGUGCAGUGGAAAUGCUGGCCUUUACCUUUGCCAUUCUCAUUGUUCUGCUACCCCUCAUUCUUAUUCUUGUCUCCUAUGGCUACAUUGCUGCUGCUGUGCUGAGGAUCAAGUCAGCUGCCGGUCGAUGGAAGGCCUUCAAUACCUGUAGCUCCCACCUCACAGUGGUCUCCCUGUUCUAUGGGAGCAUUAUCUAUAUGUAUAUGCAGCCAGGAAACAGCUCUUCCCAAGACCAAGGCAAGUUUCUCACUCUGUUCUACAACCUGGUGACUCCCAUGUUGAAUCCACUCGUCUACACAUUAAGGAAUAAAGAAGUGAACGGGGCACUGAAGAAAGUUUUGGGGAGGCAACAAUGA